AAACUCGUUCACAGUUUCUUCAGUACAGCCACAGUGAAACACACAGAAAGACGCGGAGCACAGGGAGCGUUAGCUAAGGCAGAUUUCGUGUUUUAGGUAAAUAUGUGAAUAUUUACUGUAAAAAAAAAGUCUUCAUUUCAGCCUCAGAGAGAGUUUAUCAACGAGCAGGAAACUCCUGCUGAAGAAACAUUCACAGAGUUUAAAUAAAUCAACGUAAAGUCCGAGGAAGAGAUGGAGGAUCAGCGCAGACUGAUUGAUUUUACCAGGAUACCGAAGAUCAUCUUACACCGGAUAGAUCGAGAACCUCUACAGAAAAAUCAGAUGCGAAAUGAAGUAGGACAUCAACAGUUCAAAGAAGAAGAGAAGCAACUCUGCAUCAGUCAGGAUGAAGAGCAUCUUGUGCUGAAAAAGGAGACUGAUGACAUUUUGAUGAAUCCUUCUAAUGUGCCAAGAAUCCACAAUGAAACAGAACCACAGAGGAACCAACUCAUCUCUCAUGGCUCUUCUGAAGCUGAGAACCAGGAUCAGGAAGGAAACAAUUCUGAAGACCCAGGGAAAAGGAGAGACGAAGAACAGAAACAAAAUAAGAGAUGUAAGAAAACCAAACAGUUGAAAAUUAAAACUGACAGUUCAAAACAAAAAAGGGACAAGAAAGCUCACUCAGACCAAAAACUAUAUUCUUGUAAAGUUUGUGAUAAAACAUUCUCUCAAAACAGUCACUUAACUAAACAUAUGAGAACUCAUUCGGGCGAGAAGCCCUUCACAUGUUCUACCUGUGGAAAAAGUUUAAGUCAAAAGGCCAGUUUAAUUUAUCACAUGAGAAUUCACACAGGUGAAAAGCCGUUCACAUGUGUUGCUUGUGGAAAAGAUUUCUGUCAAGAAAGCACUUUAAAGAUUCACAUGAGAAUUCAUUCAGGUGAGAAGCCUUACUCAUGUACAACCUGUGGAAAAAACUUUUCUCAAAAAUAUUCUUUAAAUGUUCACAUUAGGACUCACACAGGUAAACGGACAUCAUGCAGUGAUUGUGGGAGAAGUUUCAGUAAGCAAUCGGCUUUAAAAGAUCAUAUGAGAAUUCACACGGGCGAGAAGUCUUUCUCAUGUGACACAUGUGAAAAAAGCUUUGCGAGUAAAUCCAGACUAACUCUUCACAUGAGAAUUCACACAGGAGAGAAGCCAUUCUCAUGUGGUAGCUGUGGAAGAAGUUUCCAAUGCAACGCACAUUUAAUUCGUCACAUGAUGAUUCACACAGGUGAGAAGCCUUUCUCGUGUGUGUCCUGCGGAAAAAGUUUCCGAGAAAAAUCUGAGUUACUUCCUCACAUGAGGAUUCACACAGGUGAAAAGCCUUUCUUGUGUAUCAUCUGUGGAAAAGGUUUUGCCAUAAGACCUACUUUAACGACUCACAUGAGGACUCACACAGGUGAAAAGCCUUUCUCAUGUGUGACCUGCGGAAAAGGUUUUGCUAGAAGAUUUUCUUUAAUUUAUCACAGGAGGACUCACACAGGAGAGAAGCCUUUCUGCUGUGUGAACUGUGGAAAGUGUUUUGGAUUCAAGUCCAAUUUAACUCGUCAUAUUAUAACUCAUAGAAGUGAGAAGCCUUUCUCGUGUGUGACUUGCGGAAAAGGUUUUGCCAGAAGAUUUUCUUUAAUUUAUCACAUGAGGACUCACACAGGCGAGAAGCCUUUCUCAUGUACAACUUGUGGAAAAAGCUUUCAAUUCAAAUCUCAGUUCAAUAGUCAUAUCCGAAGUCACAUGAGUGAUGGGCGUUUCUCAUGUACAAGAUGUGGAAAGAAAUUCUUCACAAAAAUUCUUUUAACUUCUCACAUGAAGACUCACAAAUCUGAAAAGCCUUUCUUGUGUGAGACCUGUGAAACACGUUUCAGGACAAAAUCACAAUUACUUAUUCAUAAGAGCACUCACACAGGAGAGAAGCCUUUCUCGUGUGUGACCUGUGGAAAAGGUUUUGCCCGUAGGACUUAUUUAACUGUUCACAUGAGGUCUCACACAGGUGAAAAGCCUUUCUCGUGUGUGACCUGUGGAAAAUGUUUUGCCUAUGAAAGUAAUUUAACUUAUCACAUGAGGACUCACACAGGAGAGAAGCCUUUCUGGUGUGUGAACUGUGGAAUGUGUUUCAUUUGCAAAAAUACUUUAAAUCGUCACAUGAAAAUUCACACAGGUGAGAAGCCUUUUUUGUGUGUGACAUGUGAAAAACGUUUCAGGAGAAAAUCACAAUUACUUACUCAUAUGAGGACUCACACAGGAGAGAAGCCUUUCUCAUGUGUGACCUGUGGGAAAAGUUUUACCACACGAGCUUCUUUAACUAUUCACAUGAGGAUUCACACAGGUGAGAAACCUUUUUCAUGUGUGACCUGUGGCAAAAGGUUUACUUUAAGAACAGGUUUAACUUAUCACAUGAUGACUCACUCAGGGAAAAAGCCUUUUUUUUGUGGGAUUUGUGGAAAAAGAUUCCGAAGUAAAACUCAUUUAAAUUGUCACAGGAAUAUUCACACUGGUGAUUAGCCUUAUUUCAUUGUAAAAGGUUGUUGUAAUUAACACAUUAAAUGUCACAGAUAUGAGAAGCCUUUCACAUGUGACCUGUGGAAAAAGCUUCACAAUCAAAUCUCAUUUAAAUCGUCACAUUUGUGGUGAAUGAGAAAGUCUCCUCAGCUGUAAGAGGCCUUUCUCAUUUGUAACCUGUGAAAAACGAAGUUUGUUCAUAUAAGAAUAGCAUAAUGUGAACCUCAAGUGUCAAGUAGUUUUAUCUUUCCACUUACCUUUUUAAAAUGUUUAUUUUAAGGGAGCUAUAAAUGAGGAAGUUUCUUUAAAGAAAGUAUUGUGUACAUAGUUUGUAUAUUUAUUUUACAAGUGAUAUUUGUAGAGCAAUGGUUCUUAACCUUUUUUGAGGUACUG